AUGUCCUCAGAAUUAGAAGAUGAAACCUUGCUUCAAGAAGAAGAAAGUGAAGAUGAAUUCGAUUGGGAAGAAGUCGAAGUGCCCGAACAUCAAGCUCCACAUCUUGAAAUUACACUGCAGCUGGGCCCCAAGGCGUCCAAGAACAGCGCAAACGCGGACAAGAAGAAGGGAAUAAACCAUGCAGAGCGGCUUGUUCGGAUUGAUUGUCAUAAGAUUCACACUGUCGCUCUCAUUGCUAGUGCUCGUCAGCGGAACCUGUGGAUUAACAAUUCCUUAUUACAUGCUAGACUUCUCUCUCUCACUCCGCUGCAUCUCCAGAAUGCUUUUUCAGUUAUUCAUAAAUCCCGCGUGCCAGAUCAGAACCAGCGUGGGCGCAUGUUUGAGAGAGCCGUUGAGAAUCUAACUACAUGGUGGGCUACUACAUUCUUUGAAGUGAUACCCGACGGACACAUACGCAACCGGACGUAUGAUGAAAUACAGCAGAAACUCGAAAUACGAGGGCUGCAUAUCAAGACUGCCGACGAGGAGCUACUCGACGUUGAGACUCUCCAAGAUAUUGUCGAUGAUGAAGUAGAAACGAUUCGAAGUUCAAAGAGUCUUAUGAAACAUGCGCUUAUGCGUAGCGGAUCUAGGGAUACGAGUGCGCAGCUUUUUACAGCUUUGUGUAGAGGUCUGGGCAUCCCCGCUCGUUUGAUCGUCAGCGUGCAGAGCGUCCCAUGGCAAGCCAGCAUCGGAAGACCGAAGCCCAAGUAUGAGAAGAAGCCGAAGGGAAAGGGGAAAGAAACAGAAGUUGUACAGGACAAUGAAGCCGGCGAAGCCUCGAGUUCGAGUCAAUGGGAUCAUCUGAAAGAGCCUGGAAAUCGACUUGACGGCGGCUCCGUGCCCAUGAGCGAGAAGGCAAAAGGCAAGCAAAAGGCCAAACCGAUAAUCAAGCUGCGGAAAACGAAGACCAAGGGUAAGGUCUUGGGGAGGCCAACCAGACUGGCCUCUCCGGAUCCGCUAACAACGCCUCCAGUAUAUUGGACGGAAGUGUUCUCCAGGCCAGAUUCCCGAUGGUUCCCAGUUGAUCCUAUUCGUGGGAUCGUCAAUAAACGUAAGGUGUUCGAUCCGACUCCAUCAACCAGCAAUGUCAAUGCACAGGCCAGGAUACCCACAAAAGUCGAGAAUCGGAUGGUCUACGUGGUUGCAUUUGAAGAGGAUGGAUAUGCCCGAGAUGUGACGCGGCGGUAUGCUAAAGAGUACAGCGCGAAGGUGGCAAAAGUUCAAGGUGGAAGCAACGCGCCCAAUAUUGGCGGUGGGGGCAAAGGCCGCCAGGCGUGGUGGGAUAAGGUUGUCAGCUCCAUUGAGCGACCGUUUCGAUUAAACCGCGAUGAUUUGGAAGAUCAAGAACUGGAGGCAGUUCAGCUGAUGGAGGGCAUGCCUACCACGAUGUCUGGGUUCAAAGACCAUCCACUAUAUGUUCUGACGCGACAUCUGAAGCAAACCGAGACAAUUCAUCCUCCACCACCAGUUACACCAGAGCUUGGAAAGUUUAGAGGAGAGCCUGUUUACCCGCGAUCGGCUGUAGUUUCUUUGAAGACGGCGGAAAAUUGGAUGCGAAACACGGGGCGGAUGGUAAAAGCUGGCGAGCAGCCAAUGAAGAUGGUAAAGAUCCGCGCAGGGACCGUCAAUCGCAUGCGGGAACUCGAGGUCCUCAAAGAUGAAUUGAGCGUGGCUGGUGAAGGAACUUCGAAUUCGGGCCCAGAGGUUCUGCAAGGCUUGUACGCAUUUUCACAGACGGAGCCUUACGUCCCCGAUCCUGUGGUCGAUGGUAAAGUCCCUAAAAACAAUUUUGGCAAUAUCGAUCUGUACGUACCGUCUAUGCUCCCUAGAGGAGCAGUGCAUAUACCCUUCAAAGGUGUUGCCAAAAUAGCUCGAAAACUAGGCUUUGACUAUGCCGAAGCAGUUACUGGUUUUGAGUUUAAGAAACGCAGGGCGUUUCCCAUACUGGAAGGAGUGGUUGUCGCAGCUGAAAAUGGAGAAGCUCUGACAGAGGCGUAUUUGGAGGCUGAACGGGAAGCAGAGGAGAAAGCCAGACUCAAACGGGAAGAACGUGUACUGAAGCACUGGAAGCGCUUGAUCCACGGCCUGCGCAUUCGGCAGCGACUGCAGGACCAAUAUGCCACCAGGGCGGGUCAUGGGCAGAGCCAGCACCACCAUGGGCAUUCGCAUUCCCACGUUGAAGCCACUGAGAGCGAAGUUAAAUCGCGAGAAGGGUCGCCUCAUAAUGAUCCACAGGACACGGCAGGUGGCUUCCUAGCAGGCGCGGAUAAAGUGGUAUACGCCUUCCAUCUGCCCAAGAACACACACGUCGUGUUACCUUCUACACCUCCCCCUGGGGGUGUAGCGGAAGGUGCCGGCGCGCCGGACGCACGGCGGGAUGCAGAGGAGGAAGAGGACGUACCCCGCGAGGCGUUCGUCACGUACGAUCUCGACGAGGACGACGAGGAGAAAAUGGAGAUUGAUUACGCGGUAAAUGGCGGGACGCGUGUGCAGAGUGGUGGCCCAGGCGUCAACGGGUUUGAUGCUGCGUAUGUCCCGAAAACGAUGCAACAAAUGGCUGAGGAUGCUGCUGCUGAAGCUGAAGCGGCGCAGAAGCUGCAGGGCGACGGAGAUGAUGUGCUGGGCGAGAUUAUCACGACGGAGCCCCCGCCGCCACCGCCACCGCCGCCCACAGCAGCAGCAGCUGCUGCUGCUAGCGCUUCUGCAGGUACAGGCGUGGAUAAGGUUACUACUACUCCUACGCUGCCUGGCAGAACUACGCGAGCCAGAGCCAGAGCCACUGUCUCUUCCUCGUCUGCUGCUGCUACGUUUGCGUCUACGUCUACGUCUGCGACGCCCAACAGCCUUUCAUUGCGUAAGGACGCGACGUCGACGCUUGAGGAUGAGGCUCAGGCUCAGGCUCAGGCUAAUGCGGGUCUGGGUUCGAGUUCGAGAAAUGCUGGCACCAGGGCAGGGGCAGGGACGGCGUCACGCGCGAAACCGCCCCCGAAACCGAAGCUGGAUGCGAAUGGGAAUGGGAAUGCGAAGGUAAAUGCAAAGGCAAAGGCAACGGCGAAAGGGAGAGCGAAACCUAGAGCUAGAAGUUCGGCGAAGCGGAAGCGUGGCCGUGGUCGGCGAACUGCUGCAUCCGAGUCCGAGUCCGACGAGGCGGAGGAGGGGGAUGAGGAUGAGGAGGGGGAUGAGGAUGUGCCGCUGGAUGAUGAUGAUGACAAUAACACUGACGAGUCCGAUAAGGACGAUGACGAGGAAGAUGAAGAGGAUUUCGGUCCAUCGCCUAGCAAGCGCGCGCGCGUAAGCGUAAAGAUCAAACCUCCUCCACGCACACUUGCGCAAUCUGCACAAUCUGUAACUUUGACACCACAAUCAACGCGCACGCUGCGCCCGCGCGCGUCCAAGACGCCUGCGCAAAUUGCGGAGGACAGGAGGCGCGAGGAGGCGUUUCGCAGGGCUGUGGCUGGAUAA